AUGGCCUCUCCCUACGACAUCCCCCCACUCCACCUCCAACUCCAACACCCCCUAAAACUCCUCGCCCGCCUCCUGCACUACCUCCUCUCCCUCCUUUACCCAGACCGCCACGCGCGCCGAAACAUAACCGUCGUCUGCAUCUCCGACACCCACUGCCUAAUCCCCAAAGCCCCCCUCCCUUAUGGCGACAUCCUCAUCCACGCGGGCGACCUCACGAACGCCGGCACGCCAUCGGAACUCCAAGCACAAAUCGACUGGCUCGCCGGUUUGCCGCAUCAACAUAAAGUCGUCGUGGCUGGGAAUCACGAUACGUGGCUGGAUCCAGAGUCCCGGAAGACAUUGAGUGAUGCGAAGGAGAGGGAGGGCAAGGUCGAUUGGAAGGGAAUCCACUACCUCCAAAACACCUCCGUAACGCUAGACUUCCCCAACCGAACAUCCCUCAACGCCGGCAAAAUCACCCUCUUCGGCGCGCCACACACGCCCGACAAACUCGGCCCGCAACACGCCUUCCAAUAUCCCCGCGGCACGGACGUCUGGAGCGACGCCAUCCCGGACGACACGGAUAUCCUCGUCACGCAUUCUCCGCCGGCGUACCAUCUCGACUUACCCAGCGUACGAGCCAUGGGCGACGAGUUCCUGCUGCAGGAAGUACGGCGGGUGAAACCCCUGCUGCACGUCUUUGGACAUAUCCAUGCGGGGAAGAGUGACUUUUUGGGGUUGCUGAGGGGUGGGCAGGAGGUUGUGAGGUGGGAUGCGAGUGAGCGGUAUUUGGAGGAGACGUUGCGGUAUGGUGCCCCUGGGGGUGUGCUCGAUGGGCCGGUGAGGGUGUAUUAUUUGGGAAUGAUGGUUGUGAGUGGGGUUUUGGAGAUGGUGAGAGAGGUUGUUUUUGAUUGGGAGGUGAAGAGUACGAGGAUGGUUAAUGCGGCUAUGGUGUUUUGCAAUACUGGGAGGAUUGGGAAUGGAGCUCAGGUCGUUCAUAUUUGA